AUGCUCAAGCGGAUGAUUGCAGAGCACCAGAUCGAGGGCGAGUUCGGCAUCUCCGCGGCGAUCAAUCAAGAGACCGAGAAUGAGAACCUAGGCCUUCAGCAAGUCAUUGUGGAUGAGCAGGAGGAGUUCGGCAAGCAGAUGCUCACGAGGCAGUGGGCCAAGGAGGCCUGGAGCUAUAUCGACUCAAGUCAGAGGCUGCGACGGGCAAUGUUGAGACAGUCUCGACCUCUUCGUGGGCCUUACCAGACAGGCGACUUGGUCAGCUUCUUUCGGCGAGGCAAGUGGUUCGGUCCUGCCCGUGUGUUGUCCCAGGAAGGACGAAGCUCACUUUGGCUUGUGCACGCUGGAAUGACGGUCCUUGUGGCCGACACAGCGUGCCGACCGGCGUUCAUUGAGGAGAUCCGACGGAAGCAGGCGCUCGAGACGAGGCCGACAUGGACCAGGGGCAGCGUAAAGAGGAAGCACGACGACAUCUUCGAGGAGGACCACCUGCCCUUCGACCAGGACGUCCCGGUGUAUGACGAGGAAGGCCAGACACCGUUCUUUGACUUUCAAACGUCUGCUGCCGGACAACCUUCGGCUGAAGAGCCUUAUCUUCCUGGACCUUCUCAAGCUGCAGGCCCUCAGCUGGAGGACGAAGACCCAGGGCAUAUGAGUGAGGCGGCCGUUCUGGAUGAAGAAGUUCCUGAAGAACGACCUGCAGCUCCGAGUUCCGGGAAGGGUCACUUCAAGCACGACUACCUUAGCGAUAGUCUAGAUCUCCAGCUACCAGGACACGUCCGGAAGGAGGCGAACCAAAAGCUUCGUGCGUUCUUGUCGAACCGUUCUGAGAAGAAGUACAAGAAGAAGGCCGUGAAACAAGGAGCAGGGCGAGAGCUCGCUUACAACAAGUCCACAGAGGAGGUCAAGGUCAUGUUGGAUGCCACUCGGCGCAAGGAGUGGGACAACUGGAAGAAGUACUCCAACAUGCAGAAGAUUACUCGCAGCGACUUCGAGGAGAUGAAGCGGAAGGAUCCCAGCUUGCGGGUCAUACCGACUCGCUGGGUCGACAUCGACAAGGCGGAGAAAGGAAUGGAUCCGAAACUGAAAAGCCGUUUUGUUGUCCGAGGGGACUUGGAGGACGCGAGCCGCAUGAGGACGGAUUCUCCGACUGCUUCCCAGGUGGCCAUGGGACUGACCCUUUCCUUUGCUGCAGCUACAGGAAAGCCCUUGAAGUCCGGCGGUGCGCCAUACGACAUGGAAGAGGACGACCUGAUCGUUGUCUCCACCACCGUCUAUGGCACGAAGGACGCUCCGCGUGGAUGGUUCAAGAACUUGGAUGGCACGCUUGUGGGCCAUGGGCUGCGGAGAGUUCCCAUGGAAGCUGGCUUCUAUGUGCUGAACGGGGAGCGUCAAGAUGGCUCUACUUAUGUCCGAGGACUUCUGCUCAUACAUGUCGACGAUCUUCUGUGGUCGGGCGACGAGCAGCUUGACCAGAUCAUGGCCGAAGUUCAGCGCACCUACCACUUUGGUAGCCUCGAGGUGGAGGACUUCAAGUACUGUGGCCGACGGUUGCAGCAGACCAAGCUUGGGAUUUCAGUGACAUGCCCAGAGCUCAUCUCCAGGGUUCGGCCGAUAGCUCUAGACCAACGGCGACGUGGACAACGAGACCAGCUGGCUACCGAGUCCGAGAAGAACCAGCUUCGCUCGGUCAUCGGCUCGCUGAAUUGGCUUGUCAGGGUGUGUCGACCGGACAUCGCCUACUCGGUUGCCAGGUUGCAAUCGGCCAUGGCGAGGCCGAUCGUCCAGGACUUGGUGGACGCCAACGGCCUCAUCAAGUACGUCUCCAAGACAAAGAGCGAGGGGCUGUUCUACCCAAAAGGGGCCAUGGUUUUUGAGGAGCUCAUGAUCGUGGCGAUUCAGGACGCCUCCUACGGCGCGGACUACGACGUGAGUGUGUCUGGACAGAAGCUGGGACACCGGAGCCAAAGUGGCCGGGUCUUGUGCCUAGCGGCAAGGGACUACGGCCAGAACUUGGAUGGGGUUUUAUACCCUGUCCAAUGGCACAGCACCAUAAUCCGCAGGGUGUGCCGCAGCACUAUGCAGUCAGAAACGCUCUCCCUUCAACUGGGGGCCACCGAGGCGGAACAUCUUCGUGGUGUUGUGCACGGCCUCUAUGAGAACUUCGGCAGGUUGGGCACAGAGGCCUGGGUGGUGGCCGCUCAGGACCGCACUCGGGUCCUUUGGGUGACGGACUGUUACAGUCUGCUGACUCAUCUGCUCAACCCUGCAGCUGGAUCUGUGGCAGACAAGCGUCUUGCGAUAGAUCUCGGUGCACUCCGUCAAGAACUCUGGCGAGACUUUGGCCAGGCAGUGGGUGAUCCUCUGGGCAGCGACCGGCCUCCUGAGGAUGCUUCUACACGUAUAGUGUGGACGACCACCAACAGAAUGGUCGCAGACAGUUUAACGAAGCGGAUUGUGGCACACAGCCCGAUCCUUCGCCUUAUGAGGGGCGAGAGCAUAUGCAUGCAGCCCGAUCCAAGCCAGAAAACUACUACGGGUGUGAAAGCAGAAGAGUAA